GCAGACUGAGUGAAGCCAGACUCUACAAGAGCAGUAACACUGUCACUACUUAUCAACAAUGGCCGGGAAAAAGUUGGUGUUCGUAGCCGUGCUUCUGUGCAUAGGCAUGCGAUGUGAAGCCAGGUGUACUGCUGGGGAGUGCCCGCUGCAAGGAUGGGUGAAAUUCGGCAGCAAUUCGUGCAUUAAGAUGUAUCCUACCUUGAUGAAGAACUGGGCGGAAGCAGAGGCAAUCUGCCGGGUGAUAGGGAGGGGAUCCCACCUAGUCCGAAUCAACAGCGACGAGGAGAGUUUGGCUAUCAAACGUGAAUUAGACUCGCUGGGUUUGCAAACCAGGUAUCUCUGGAUUGGACUGAAUGAUAUUGAGCAAGAGUUGAACAGGACCUGGGUUGGGCACAAGUACGAACAGAACAUGUACCAAAGUAUCGACAGUUGGUUUCAAGAGAUUUCACUCUCAUGGACCUGGGGGUAA